AUGUCUUUAGACACAUACAAUGUUAUCAGAGAUUUGGCAGAAUGUGCAGUGAACUUAGCAUUGAGGACACCUCAAGUUGUCAAGGGUACUGCUACCCCCUUGCAAGGUAUGCAAUCUGGAUAUGACAGUAUAGUUGGGUUGAAAGCAUUGAAAGCAUUGAAGACGGAAAAGGAAACAGUUUUGGAUAAUUCACAUGAGAAAAUAGAACAAAAUUUUAAUGUGUUGAAGGUGAAGCUUGGUAAUCCAGGAACUGCUACAGAUGUAUCACUCUAUAACACCCUUAAGAAAAAUCUGGAAAAAUUUGUUGUACCUUCCAAACUCACUUGGUGGGAUCCAGAGGCAAACACAGUUCUCAGCAAUGAAUCGGUUGUAGUGCAGAAAUUGAACUAUAAUCAAAAACAUGAUUUCCUGGAACCAUGUGAGAACAUGAAGUGUGUUAUGCCAGAAUCGCUUCUUUUAAAAUGUGAGAACUUUGUUAGAAAUUUUUCUGCUUCGAAUAUAACAAAUGAUAUCAUGAAUUCUGUACAUGAUAAGACCUGGAAGGAGAAAACAUCUCAAUUGGAAAUAAGAGUGGAACAAUUGUUAGAAAUAAUUGAGGAAGUAUGGAAUAAUCUGGCCUUUGAGAACAGCACAACCUGUAGUGAGCAAAGUGAAGGAAUGUACAUUUGUGAUGUAGUAAUGCCUUUAAUUUGGGCUGGCAUUUUAAAAAAAUAUGUAAAAAAACUGACGAUUAAUGUCCAAUUGGACCAGGGUCAAGCAACACUGGUUAUAUUUAUACAAAGGGAUUUUUGUGAUUCACAAAUCUGA